UGUUUGGGGUUUUUUUCCCCCCUCGUUCUCGUUGUUGUUGUUAUUGUUGCGUUCUUCUGGUCGCCCGUGGCCUUUGCUGCCCCCCGGCUCGCAGAGGAGUUCAGGCUCUCACCUGAACUUUGGCUGCCUGGUAUAUGCUGUUGGGAUAUCCUUAAGAGAUCAUCCAGGAAUGGUGGAUCACUUGCUGCCUACUGAUGAAUCCUUUUCAUCAACAAGAUCUUCCCUUGGAUACUUUGGGGACAUGACAGCUGGAGUGAGGUCCUACCAAAUGCUGCCCUCUCCCCUGUCAGAAGAUGACAGUGACUCGUCCAGCUUUUGUUCUUGUUCCAGCCCUGACUCCCAGGUCCUCAGCUCCAGCUAUGGAAGCACAUCCAGUGCAGAAAGUCAGGACAGUAUCUUAGACUAUUUAUUGUCCCAGGCAUCUUUGGGGAACACCACUGCAUCAUGGUGGGACAAAAGGAGACUUCAGCCAAUAGUGAAAGAGGAGUACUUUAGGUUGCCUGAAUUUCCUGUGGAUAUGGAAGACUCAGGACCAUUUCAGCCCACACUUGAGGAAAUUGAGGAAUUUUUGGAGGAGAACAUGGACUUGGAGCUCAAAGAAAGACCUAAAAGCGAGACCAAGGACUUGAGAGCUUGCAGCCAGGUUUCUGUUGCUUCUCUGCAGCAAAAAGACCAUAUGCUACCCAGUACUAGUUUAAAAGAGAGUAAAAAUGAGCAGUUGACUAGCUCAACGGAAGGUGGCCAAGCUUCAAAUGGAGGAAUGACCCUGGAGAAUGGAAUACCUGUUAUGCUCCAAAUCCAGCCUGUGCAGAUCAAACAGGAGUCCAACACGAGCCCCACUUCCCAAGGACCAGCACAGGAGAACAUUAAAAUUGCACAGCUCCUAGUCAACAUCCAAGGACAGACAUUUGCCCUUGUGCCUCAGAUAGUUCAGUCGUCCAAUUUGAACUUGUCCUCUAAAUUUGUCCGCAUCGCUCCCGUCCCCAUCGCCGCCAAGCCAAUUGGGCCAGGGGGCAUGAUCCAGGGGCAGACGGGAAUCAUCAUGGGUCAGAAAUUUCAAAAGAACCCUGCAGCUGAACUCAUUAAAAUGCAUAAAUGUUCUUUUCCUGGCUGCACCAAGAUGUACACGAAAAGCAGCCAUUUGAAAGCCCACCUGAGGAGGCACACAGGAGAAAAGCCCUUUGCGUGCACGUGGCCGGGCUGUGGAUGGAGGUUCUCCAGGUCAGACGAGCUGUCCCGGCACAGGCGCUCCCACUCGGGGGUGAAGCCCUACCAGUGUCCAGUGUGUGAGAAGAAGUUUGCUCGAAGUGACCACUUGUCCAAGCACAUCAAGGUGCACCGGUUCCCGCGCAGCAGCCGCUCCGUGCGCGCCGUGAACUGACGGCUCCUGCCCUCCCUGCCCGCCAGCCGUCCCCAGCAGCCACCACAGCACUUUGCUCACCACCUUCCUAGUGAUAAUUUAUUUGUCUCCACAGAACAGUCCAUGCUGUUACUUGAUACCACCGUGUUUGA